AUGUCGAGCACAAUGCCCAUGGCGGCGCCUAUUCUAACCGAGUCGAAGGGUCGCUUUCGUCUUUGCCCUCCAGUCCUGGCUGGGGGAGACCCCGGCGCAGAAGAAGUCCGCUGGGACUCCGGCAUAUAUGUCGGUCCUAAUGUCGUGUUCGUACUCUCCAACAUUGUCUCCCCCUCCCGUGUGCACUUGACCACUAACUCGGAUGCUUUGAUCAGUGAUGGCAUUGGUGGUGGUACGUUUUGGCGACCAUAUGCGACUAAUGUCUCGACUACUAACAAGCCCCUGCAGACUUAUUUCCCUCUUUUCAUCCCUCCGCCAAAUGCACGCAGUGCGGCCUCGCCGGCUGCAUCGUCCUGA